UGCGUCGGUGAAAUAGUUCCGGGUGUGUUUGUGUGUGAAAGGUCGCAGAACGCGUGUGUCGGUGUGUCAGUGUGUCAGUGUGAUUGUGUGAUUAUUCUCCUGAAGCAUGUCGAAGCAGCCGCAGCACAUCAGCCCGCUGAAGAACUUCUUCGCAGGAGGGUUCGGCGGGGUUUGUUUAGUGUUCGCCGGACACCCGCUCGACACCAUCAAAGUGCGACUGCAGACGCAGCCCAAACCCGGUCCAGGAGAGUCUGCGCUGUACCGCGGGACGCUCGACUGCUUCAAGAAAACACUGGCGAAAGAGGGUCUUCUGGGGCUGUAUAAGGGCAUGGCGGCGCCCAUCAUCGGAGUCACGCCCAUGUUCGCCGUCUGCUUCUUUGGCUUUGGACUCGGCAAGAAACUGCAGCAGAAAACACCAAACGACGUCCUGACGUGAGCCGCUGAAGACGUUCAGAUAAUAAUCCAUAUUCUUUGUGAGCAUAUAGUCAUUUAUAUCGUUGUUCGUUAGACAGGAAGCAUUGUGUGUGUUCAGAUCCAGGCGGCGUCGGGGCAGGUGAAGUAUGCGGGGCCAAUGGACUGCGCCAAGCAGCUGUACCGAGAGAACGGCAUCCGCAGCAUCUAUAAAGGCACGGCUCUGACGCUCAUGAGAGACGUGCCAGCCAGUGGGAUGUACUUCAUGACGUACGAGUGGCUGAAGUACACGCUCACGCCGGAGGGCAAGAGCCCGACGGAGCUCAGCGUUCCCAGUGUGCUGUUCGCUGGUGGGAUGGCGGGGAUCUUUAACUGGGCCGUGGCGAUUCCUCCUGACGUGCUGAAGUCUCGUUUCCAGACAGCUCCAGAGGGCAAAUAUCCCAACGGCUUCCGGGACGUCCUGCGAGAGCUGAUCCGGGAGGAGGGCAUCGGCUCGCUCUAUAAAGGCUUUAAUGCUGUGAUGCUGCGAGCGUUUCCAGCUAACGCGGCCUGCUUUCUGGGGUUUGAAGUGGCCAUGAAGUUUCUGAACUGGAUUGCUCCAAAUCUGUGAUCCGGAGGAACCACACCAGAUGUGAGCGGCGCGGCAGACUGUAGCACAUGUUAAUGAGCGUCUCGCUGCUUUAUGAUUUAUUCGAGAGGAUUUUAGUCAGUGCCUUAUAACAGACUGUGAACCGAUUUCUGCCUUCAGGGAAACUGAAUGUUUAUAAUGUAGAAUCAGAUCCUUUAACAGCUAGCAAACCUCCGUCUGUAUGUUAGCAUUCAUCCGUUUACUGCCUCCAGCCCUCACGACAGGAGUUCAGUACAGUCAAGGCCUGUUCUCUUUUAAUUGUUUUGUUCAUUAGGUUUAAUUCACAGUUACUAUCACCCACAACAUGUACAUAAAUAAAUGUGUAUUGAUCAUUU